AUGGCAAACUCUAACCAACGAAAAUUAGUCGUAGGUAUCGAUUUUGGUACUACGUACACAGGCGUUGCGUGGGCCGAGACGAGACGUGCAGACGAUAUUCAUGUAAUUGAUAUAUGGCCGUCCAGAUUGGGAUCCAACGAGGGAGAGAGCAGUGUCAAAGUGCCAACACAGCUACGUUAUACACUCCAAGGAACAGAAUGGGGAUUUCAGAUUCCAUCUACCGUCGAGCGGAACCAUUGGUUUAAAUUAGGACUGCAAGAGAACAACACCUCUGAUGUAGGGCAGAAAAGCGCAGAAGGAUUGACAACAGAUUACUUAGCCGAAGUAUACAAUCAUGUACUUUACACCUUGGAACAAAAGAUUGGAGCGGUGAUUCUUCGAACGAUUCCUGUUGAAUUCUGUCUGACAGUGCCUGCGAUUUGGUCUGAGGCAGCCAAGGAGAAGACACUGAAAGCAUGCCAGAAGGCCGGUCUCAAGUCCGCAUCGGAGAUUUUGCUAGUGUCAGAACCGGAAGCCGCCGCUAUCUUUGCGUUACAUGGACUCGAUCCACAUGGCCUUACAGUUGGAGAUUCCUUUGUCAUUUGCGACGCCGGUGGUGGAACGGUCGAUCUGAUUUCAUACAGGAUCAAGUCACUGUAUCCCAUACUACAGGUUGAAGAAAUUACUGCUGGAACCGGGGGUCUCUGUGGCUCGGUCUUUCUAAACCGCCGAUUUAUCGAUUUCAUAAAACGAAAGUUAAGCGGACAACCAGGCUGGGACGAUGAGGUACUUUCAGAGGCCUCGGAGCGUUUUGAUACGGUGAUAAAGCAACAGUACUUGCCUUCUCGAGAUGGCGACGACGGAUAUCCAGUGCCUGUCCCCGGUCUGGCUAACGAUCAGCGAGUAGACAUACGACGCGGCAAAUUUACAAUACAGAAGAAUGAUAUGCACGAUAUUUUUGAGCCCAUCAUUCAUAAGAUAAUCUUAUUUGUGCAAGAUCAGACUUCAUCGUUCCGACAAUGUCAAAACUCUGAUGACCCUUAA